GGUGGAGCUAUUGGCUGAUGUUUUACGCAACAGUAAGUUGGAUGAAGCGGCAAUGGAAACGGAACGAAAUCGUAUUUUGCGUGAAAUGAAUGAAGUGGAAAAUGAUCCAAUCGAAGUGGUGUUUGAUUAUCUUCACGAUGCUGCCUUCCAGGGGACACCAAUGUCGAAAUCACCUUAUGGUAGAUCCGAAGUCAUCAGGUAA